AGAUAAAUCUGCAUUCUGCCUCUGCCACUGGUCAGAGACAGCAGCAGCAGCAGCACUCAAGGAGGAGCGACAUCAGCCAGCAUCUCACCUGGUAAACAAACACUCGGCUGCAGAGAAGGCACCGUGCCGACAUUUGAGCUUGACGCUGUACGAAAAGAAAGAUCAGCCAAGAGCGCCUGCAAGCAGCUAUGCGGCCGCGUUCCAAACUGCUCUCCAAGGGAGGAUUGCAACUGCCCACGAUCAGCGAGGGCACCGAGGAGACACUGAGAGAUUUGAACGAGGCCAACGCGCAGCGUGGCGCAGAACAUGUCUCCUCUGACGACUACCUCCUCUCCAUCUGCCACCUGGCGCACCCCACAUUCCCCACCGGAGGUGCUCCACCCAGUGCACGCCAUUCGGACGGAGUGCAUCAGAAGAUGCGGGCGUCGCGCCUCAGCGAGACUAAGUCCUUGACAUUCAACCACAGACAAAAAAGUGUGCCGCAGAUCGAGCGCGAUGAAGUAUUAGGCAGCUCGGACCCGCUCGAGUAUCUUUACGGGCAUCACAGCAAGCUUUCGACCUGUCAUUCAAGAUCCCGGGCAGACCCACCGGAUGGGAGGCCAUGCGAGAGUGAGCGAGAAAAGCAAGCACGGUCACGAGCUCACAGCAUCCCUCACGCUGCAAGUCCUGGUCUCCCACGGCAACGCAAGAGCAGCUGCCCCGAGAUACACGCCAACACUGCCACCACCGUUCCGAGCGCAUCCACUGAACGCAACCGAGCCGCCCCGAUUGCCGAGGAGGGAAUCGUGUCAGACAGCAAAGCAGAUGGAGAGGGCGUGACCCCAAACAAAAGGCACUCGAUGGUCUCACAGUGGAUCUCUGACUGCAGGUCAGCUUGGAACGAGGGACGAAUAAGAGCCUGCAUGCUGCCCGCCAUCACUGAGAUAUAGAAGCUUCAGUCAAAAGCAUUCUGUAGAAACUUUUACGUUAAGUUUCCAGAAAGCAGAAGCUACACAAACCAUUUGUGGAGAUUUGAAUCAACAAAUUGCCGAGCUUGCAUGGGUUAUCUCUGAGCACUGUACCAACUUUCGACAUUCCAAAAACAUGCGGCUGAGUUAACUAAAGACUCGAGAUUUGUACCCCGUGAUUGGCUGGCAACCAGUCCAGGGUGUACCCUGACUCUCGGUGAAAAGUCAGGAUAAGGAAAGGGACAGAAAAAAAAAUCUACAGAACUGUGCUACUUCGUAGAAACAGGAUGAGAUCGUGGCAUUAGGAGAUACGUAUGUACACGUGUUUAAUGUACAUAUCUAUAUGUUGAAAUGACUGUCAUGUUUAUUCAUCUUUGAAUAGACAACUGUUGUCCAGGUGAUCACGGGGGGAUCUGCAAAAUCGUUUUAUACUUUGCACUGUCUUGUGAUGUGAUAAUUCAUAAUAAAAGAUUGUUUUAAAUAUACUCUCA